AUGUGGCAGGUGCUAGGUGACAGGAAGCACGAGCCGGACCCUGCCCAGGAACUAAUUGGACCUAGAAGAAGCUCUGCCGCUCCCACGUAUUCUAGCAUUCUGGCUGCUAACAUGCUCAACAGAGCCGCCAGUUCUCCCGGUGGUAAUAGCACGCCCGUCUCGAGCAGUAGGGCAGCUGGCUACAGUGACAGCAACAAAGCCGGAUCAGCCUUGGGCACGGAGGAUGCCAGAACCAUCAGUGUUGCUAAUGCUGCAAGGGCAUCAAUUUCGGGCUCUCAGCUAGCUUCCAUGCAGAAAAUUGGGCCACGCCUGCGGGCAGAGGGGCUCAUGGCACCGCCUGCAUCGGAUGCUGCAACCUUGAGGCGGCAAGUGGCAGCAUUGCAGUUGGAUUUAGAAUCUCAUGUGGAGGGAGAGAAGCGCUUGCAGGGUCUCAACCAACAACUUCGUGAAAGGGCCUCAUCUCUUGAAAAAGAAAAGAAAGAGUUAGAGCAAGCGUUAAGGAAAUGUUUAGAAGAAUUUGACCUUGAAAGAUCUUCCCUCCAAUCACGCAUCACGAGGCUGAAUGAUGAAUUGCGUGAAAAGUCACAUUCGCAAGCCAGAGCAAGAGCGAUUCAGAAACAUAAGGAGACGCUACUGGAUAAUUGCUUCCGGAAGAGCUUACUACGAAGGUCUCUACACAAUUUCAAGAAGGCUAUGCAGAACCAGCGCUUGCUGUCUUAUUAUGACAUAAUGGCGAAAGAGUUUGUGAAAUACAGAUCUUUAAAGAGUGGAUUUUCAGCUCUCCGCCUCGCCACAAAGCGAGCUUUGAAGAUCAGAGAGGCCCAUGACCGACAAGCGAAGUUGGAGAGCAGUUUUAGGCAUGGGAAAGCUUUCGAAUGCAGAAGAGCAUCAGUUUACAAAUGCGGCAAAAAAGCACUGGAGAAGGCUCUAUAUGCUUGGAAAUCAAUUGUUCGAGUCAAGCGUAUCAAAUUGCUGAAAAGCGAGCAAGCAGCAAAAAGUGGCACGUCUAAAUGCAAGCAGCGAACAAUGUGGAGGAAGAAGAAAGAAAUGAAGGCAAGUGUGUGCAGAAAGAGACGAGAUAGAAAAGCACAAUGUGAGGAGCAAAAACAGCAAACAACCGCUGUUGAUGUUGAAAACCUUCAGCUGAUUGAUCGCCUUCAUGCAAUGUCUUCAGAAAUAGCUUUGUUAAAAAUAACUAUUGCCGAGAAGGAAAGGCAAGAAGAAGACUUACGACACGCUUUAGAAGAUGGUGCUGUUAUUGAAGGGUCUCUUCACGGAGAUCUCGAACAGCAGAAUAUGCGAAUUGAAGAGCUUGAACUAGACGUUCUAAAUUUACAGGCACUAAAGGAUACUGCAGAGAAAUUAGAAGGGGCAUCGGAUGAGUCGCAGGAGAAGCUCACUAGCGCAUUUGAAAUUGCGGCAUCUUUGCGGAGGCUUCUUGAAGACCGUGAAAAUCAAUAUGCGACUCUUGAGGGGAACUGCAGGAUCGGGCAGAUGCAAGAGGCACAACAAGAAUAUCAGGAGCUGCAAAGAAAGCUGGACAUGGAAGAGGGAUCAGUAAGAAGGCUCCAAUAUGAAAUGAAGCUACGAUCUGGUAUGCGAUUUGUUAUUAGCAAAGAUAUUGCUAACUGCGUCACAGAUAGAGAUUCUCAAAGAACAAAAGCUUUUGUUUCAAGUUUGUCGUCAUGGACAGACACUGUGUCAGCUAAAGCCAACCAAUGUUCCGGGCCUUUAACACAGAUCAACGGUUCUAUGAGGAACGUUUACAAUGAAGCAAGAGCAGCACUGCAAGCUGAUGGUGCUACGUCUGAAAAGCAAUCAUUGGAACCAUGGGAUCUUCAUGAAAGCUCAAAGCUCUCGAAAGAAACUCUUAAUGAAGAAACUAGCUGUGUCCCACAACUUUCUCAAGAUAAUAGCGAACAAGGGAUUUUAUAUAGACCACUUCUGGAUGAGUUAGAAUCAAAGGAACAGACAGGUGAAAAGGUUGAGAAACUUCAUGAAGAGAUUCAGGAAUUACAGGCAAGGAUCAUGAGCAGAUUGAAAGAUCCUGAUCUAUCUGAGGUAGAACAUAACGUACUCAUUAUGUAA